AUGGAGAACCAAGAAGCGAAUGAGUUAGCCCAAAUCUCCUCUGGGUACAAGGUAUCAAAAUCAAGACUUAAGGGUAUUAUUGAGAUACAGGAAAAGAUGGUGUUGAACGUCCCGUCGUCACCUAAUAUGGCAAUCCCAAAAACAUGGGGGAAGGGGACUCCGACGGCAGCUUCAGCUGAGAACGCAGUUCCAGCUGCGACGGAUGUCUCGACGACGAAUGUCUUAAAAAUUCCGAGUUUGAAAUUUUUGUUUGGCAUUCCCGAAACUAUUACCACAGAUCAAGGUUCAGUUUUUGUGGGACAAAACAUGCAAGAAUUUACCGUUGAAAUAGGAUUUAAGUUGAAGACUUCUACACCUUAUUACGCCCAAGCAAAUGGCCAAGUCGAAGCAGCCAAAAAAGUGAUAAUUAGUUUAAUCAUAAAACAUGUUUCCAAAAAACCUAAGAAUUGGCAUAAGACACUAGACCAAAUUUUGUGGGCUCGUAGGACAUCCCCAAAAGAGGCGACGAAUUCGAUUCCUUUUCGUCUAACAUAUGGGCAUGAUGUUGUGUUACCAAUAGAGAUCUGUUUACAAUCAGUUAGGGUGCAACUCCAGAAAGAUAUUCAGUCGGAACAGUAUUGGGAAUUGAUGUUUGACAAACUAACUGAUUUAGACGAACAAAGGCUGGUUGUAAUGGAGGUAUUGAUACGACAAAAAGCGUGUGUGGCAAGAGUGUACAACAUAAGGGUUGAAACGGAAACCUUUGCAGUAAAUGAUUAUGUUUGGAAAGUAAUUCUACCUAUGGAUCAAAGAGAUCGAACCUUAGGAAAAUGGUCUCCAAAAUGGGAGGGAUAA